GCGGUGUGCGCCUGCGCGAUUCCUGGGGGCGCGUUGGCGGAACUCUAGUGCGCCUGCGCGAGUGUUUAUUUCCUCGGUGACGGUACCUACAGGUAGUGGACCCAGCCUGCCUUUGUCAUAGGCCUGGAGCUAGGUUGCUGUAAACCGAAUGUGGGCCGUGACACAUGAAGCCCCAGGUGGGGAAGGGGUGUGAGCCCUCGGGUGGAGCGUCGGCUUGGGGUACCUGAAGGACAGGGAUUUGUAAGUAAUAGGAGUUAACUCUGAGCAUCGGUGUCGCGUUAUGCCCCUCGCGUUAGGAUCCAGCAAAGCACCGUCGUCACGACCCGGCCGGCAGAGGGCCCCAUGGCCGAGGGCGACCGGGAGCCCCUGGCGAGAGCCAGGACCCUCCAGGAGGCACUCAGGGCGCUCCUGCCCCCCACUAAAGAGGAGCUGAUGCUGCAGCUUGGGGAGAGGGUGGAGCGCAGCGUGGUGCGGCUGCUGCGGGAAGCCGUCGAGCUGUUCUGCGGCGGCCGUGGGGGCGAGUGUCUGCGGGCCAGCGAGGCCAUCCUGGACUACUCCUGGGAGAAACUCAACACCGGCCCGUGGCGCGACGUGCACAGAGACUGGCGCCGCGUGUACGCCUUCGGCUGCCUCCUGAAGGCCGUGUGUCUGUGCGAGGAGCCCGGGGACGCCGGCGCCGCGGCCGCAGCCCUGAGAGUCUGCGACAUGGGCCUGCUGAUGGGGGCGGCCAUCCUCGGGGACAUCCUCACUAAAGUCGCAGCCGUCCUGCAGGCGCACCUCCCCUCGGGAAAGAGGCCCGCCCCGGGCCCGGCCCAGGAGCAGCCCCACGAGAAGAGGAGGAACCUGAGGCCCCAAGACACUAACUUGCUCAGGUCACUCAGUUGGGAGGUGGCUGGGAAAUUCCGGCACAGCCCCUCAGAAGACAUCGCGGGGACUGAGUGGCAACGUGGAAACGUGGCUCAUUCGUCCUGCAUAUUCCUGCCGAAAGCGAGGCACGACCGUGUUUGGAUUCCAGACGUGAGGUCUGAGAGAACGGUGCCCCGGCUCCGCUGCCCAUCCCUCCAGCACUUCCGGAAGCAUUUUCUGGUUCCGGGGAGGCCUGUGAUCCUGGAAGGCGUGGCCGACCAGUGGCCGUGCAUGAAGAAGUGGAGCUUGGAGUACAUCCAGGACGUCGCCGGCUGCCGGACUGUCCCGGUGGAGGUUGGUUCCAGAUACACUGACGAGGAGUGGUCCCAGACGCUCAUGACGGUCAACGAGUUCAUCAGCAAGUACAUCAGGGAUGAGCCGAGGGACGUCGGGUACCUGGCUCAGCACCAGCUCUUUGACCAGAUCCCGGAGCUGAAGCGGGACAUCAGCAUCCCCGACUACUGUUGCCUGGGUGACGGGGACGAAGAAGAGAUCACCAUUAACGCCUGGUUUGGUCCCCAAGGAACCGUCUCUCCCCUCCAUCAGGACCCUCAGCAGAACUUCCUGGUCCAGGUGACGGGGAGGAAGUACAUCCGGCUGUAUUCGCCGCAGGAGUCAGAGGCUUUAUAUCCACACGACACGCAUCUUCUUCACAACACGAGCCAGGUUGACGUGGAGAACCCCGACUUGGAGAAGUUCCCCAAGUUUGCCGAGGCCCCGUUCCUGUCCUGCAUCCUGUCUCCCGGAGAGAUCCUGUUCAUCCCGGUUAAAUACUGGCAUUAUGUGCGGGCUCUGGACUUGAGCUUCUCCGUCAGUUUCUGGUGGUCGUAGCCAGGGCGGAAGGGUCUGAGAUGCCAACGGCAGUCACGGAUUCACGCGUUCCCUGCCCCACGCCCGGCCGGGGGCUGGGUCCCGGCAUCUAGAGAGAAGCCAGACCCGCCUGUGCCAAAGCCCUCGCCGGGCGCCGGGCUGCGUGCCAGGCGGACGCAGGGCCCGGCAAGGCGCACGUUCCGGCCAGGGAUGCGCGGCAGAGGCCGGCAGGCGGGAUCCCAGAAGGACGCUCUGCAUGGAGACCGUGGGCCUCCUAAAGCCGGAUGCGGGUGGGACGCGGGCAGGCAGUGUGGGCAGCGGUAGAGGGUGGGCUCUGAGGUCGGCUGCCUGGAUUCAAACCCAGCCCCGUGGCUUAACCACGGCGUCAGAUUUGGGGCGGAAACCUCGUGGGUGGGUCUCCAUCUGGGAAACGGCAGCCCGAGCCCCCACCACAGAGAAUUCCAGGGACGGUGCUGGCGCAGGGCCCCUGUGGGUCCGUGAACGCUCGCUGCUAAUAAUCAUCAGGAUUGCCACCUA